GGCAAGUAGGAGAAGAAGAAUAACUCAAAACAAUAACCGCGUUAGUUUUGCUACAUUCAUCCAUCAAUUUCUUUUCAUCGUGUUGACGACUCAAGUGAAGUAGAACAAGAAAGAAGAAGCGAUCUUCAAUCUUCCCAUCAAGUGUUUUAAUUCAGCGCCGCAAAAAGGGUUUUGGACUUCCCGCUUCGACAUCGCAACCGCAAUUGUUGCCGCAUCAACCCGCAUUUGUCUCGCAAUUCCCAAAGCCGCCGCAAAAACCCUGGUUUUUGGUCUUGAGAUGCAGAAUUUUGAAUCAAUGAACAUGGAUCAUAAGGGUUUUCCAAUUGUUUCCACAACCUCUCAUCAAAUUGAUAACAGAGUUGGCCUUGUCUGCCACUAUCAGCUUGAAAAUGGGUCAUCUCAGUUUGUGUUUUUGGAUGUUAAGAAUGGAAGUGGGGCUAUCCUUGACAAUUCCCUCAACUUCUUUACUGAAAGCUUUGUGCAGACACUUGCUUCUUGCAAUGGCUUAGUUCUCUUAUCUGGCUAUAGUGGGGAUCAAGCCUGCUACUUUGUGAUCAACCCCCUCACCAAGGACUCUGUCAUGAUCCCUCAAGCUGGCGUGGAAAGGCGAGUUGUUAGAGUUGGAUUAGCCUCUGAUGGAUCCCAAUUUGAGGUUGUUGUUGUUGAAGCAGGUUCUCCCAAAUCCAAUGGACUAGAAUUUCAAUUUCAUGUUUUCUCUUCUGAGACUGGCAAAUGGAGGAAACACCACCACCUCAUCAAUUUAGCUUUGUCUUCUUUACCGGAACUCGAGUUCCAAGAGCUCACGACGCCUGCUCUCUACUCCAAUGGGGCAAUCCAUUGGGAAUUAGGUGGAUACUUGCUGGUGUAUCAAAUCCAAGAAAACCACUGUCAACUUCAUGAAAUGCCAAAUGUUUUUCCGGACUGGUCUUGGCAAUCAACUAUGACGUAUCGCCGUUGCUUGUGCGAAUCGGGAGGCCGAGUUUACUACUGCUACACUGAUUUUGAUGGCUUUCACAUUUGGGAUCUUCUCAAGGAGCAUGAGUAUCGUGGAUCCAUCUAUGCUUCCUGUGAUUUCAAAAAGUUUAGAUGGAGAUUAGUCCAUAGUGUCAUGCAUGAAGGCUUUAUGUCUAAGCACCAAAACUUUUUUGGUUGCUUCUAUGAGUGGGAGCCUUAUAAGGUUGCACCUAUUGCCUAUAGUGAGCAAGCUCAGACCAUAUAUUUGCAGCUUCCAGGAUCUGUUGUUUCUUACAAAUUUGAUACUGGAAAUCUGAGAUCUAUGUGCACCUACUCAUAUCCAGGGAUGAAUUUCAAUUGCUGCUCAUUCCUUUCAUCAAAUGCUUCUGGGCUUCACAAUGCACAGAGAGAGAAGGACUUGCUGACUGAUGGAGAAACUGAGCUACAUUUACCCUUAGCAGAAAUUGCAACGUUACCUCUUUAAAUCAAGUUUGGGUAAAGUGAUGAACUGAUGGUGGUCAAUAUAAGCUAGUAUUGUUUUACACAUUUGCCAUGUUUUUUUGGUACAGACAUUUUGCUUUGUUAAAUAUGCAUUGAGGAUUGCUUAUUGAA